AAACCACGGCGUGCUAGAUUCCUUUCCUGCCCUGCCUGGCUACUUUUCCCCUCGGGAUUGCCGCGACGGCUCUCUCUUUGACUCUCCGUGUGGGCGCCGCAAGCCUCGUUCGCGCGGCUGCUCCUGCCGCGCCCGUCAUUAACAGCCGCCUUGUUUCCUCUCCUCGAAUUCUGAUCUUUCCCGCUUUUGGCCAGAGUCAAACAGUACCGGUAUCUUCGCGGGGGACUCAGUCCCAUUAUUCUUUUGCUAGAGCUAUGGCUUCCACGUCAGACGCACCGCCUUCCACGUCAGACGCACCGCCUUCCACGUCAGAAACGCCAGUGGAUCCGCCAGCGACGAAGUUCAAGUUCGGACGGUGGGAUCUGGAUCCCAGAGAGGUGUUCGCUGAAACGAAGCUCUCCCUCGCUAUAGUCAACUUCAAACCCGUUGUGAAAGGUCACGUGCUCGUGCUUCCCCGUCGCGUUGUCCCUCGUUAUAAGGACAUGACUCAGGAGGAGGUCACAGACAUGUGGCUCUUAGCACAGAAGAUCGGCCAGGCGUUCGAGCCCCAUCAUGGAUGCUCGUCGUCCACCUACACCAUUCAGGACGGACCAGCAGCAGGGCAGACAGUGGCGCAUGUGCACGUGCACGUCAUGCCGCGGAGAGAAGGGGACUUUGUACCCAAUGACAAGAUUUACAAUGAGGUGGAAGCGAACGAGAAGGAGGCGAAGAAGCUGAGAAUGGAUGCGGAGGAGAACCGGCCAGCUCGCACCAUGGAGGACAUGGAGGCAGAAGCCAACGAGCUGAGGAGAGUGCUGGAGGACUUUGAGAAGGGGGGUGAGACGAACUGAUUUGGCAAAGAGUGGGCCGAUUAGGACCACCGAGGGGGUGGAGGCUGAGGGCUAGGAGUUGCGGAGGGCUAGGAGUUGCGGAGAGUGCUGGAGGAGUUUGAGAAGGGGUUGGAGAGGGGGGGGGGCAGGAGAAGUGACCAGGCAGAUGAGUCGAGGAUAGGAUGUGGGUAGGUUUGGCUAUGGAAGCAGAAGCUAAGGAGCUGAGGGAUAGUGCUGGAGGAAUUCAGAAGAGUGCAGAGAAGAGUUGAAAUAGGAGUGAGGGAUGCUGGGAUUUCUUCACAGGAGGCUGGGCUCGAUUGGCAACUCCGUCAGCCUUCAGCCAUUGGUCGCAUGAAGCCAGGGGGUAACCUCGAUCACUGGGAUGCUGGGAUUGCUGCAAAGGAGACUGGGCUCGAUUCAUCAUGGAGUGGAUGAGGCUGAGGCCAGGAAGCUGGGAUGGAGUGCUGGAGGAAUUCGAGAAGGAAGAGGAGAACUUAUCAGGCCUGAAGAAUGUCAAGACAAUCUGCUGAAGACAAUCUGCUGAAGAUGACCUGCUAAAGACAGUCUGCUAAAUGCAAUCUGCUAAAGACAAUCUGCUAAGUACAAUCUGCUGCUUGUGGAUGGAUGAGCACCAGAUCAGAAGCAAGGGGUACUGCACGUCACCUCUUCUCCUGAAGAGUUGCAGAUUUCCUUUGUUCUUGGACUGAUGCCCAACAGCAAAUGCCACAUUCUUCACGUGGUAAAACUUGGCUGUUCUUUGUGAAUCGAAGACGAAGGACAAGAAGAGAGUAGAAUAGAAUGCUAGUGCUGUUAAACAUACAUGCAAUAUGCUAGUAUAGGCUAGUUAGGUGGUAUGCCUUUAGAGAGUACAACUCACUGGGUAAAAGUACUCUACUCAUCUUUCUAAAACAUCCUGGUAGUCUGAGAUGCUAUCGAGUAGGUUCUGUCCCCCCACCCG